GUGCUGGUGUUCCAGUUUGGGGAGGUGGAGGAGAGCAGCCUGCAGGUGCUGGUGGAGCGCAGUGGGGAUCAGGUUGGGGAAUACUUCGGGGCGUCGGUGACGGCGGUGGACGUCAACGGGGACGGGCUCAGCGACCUGGUGGUGGGGGCGCCCCUGUACAGCGAGGGCGCCGCCCCCGACCGCGGGGCCGUCUACGUCUUCCUCAACAGCGGCGGGGGGCAGGUGCGCCUGCAGGGGGAGAGGCUGCGGGGGGAGGCCGUGGCGGGGGGAAGGUUCGGGUCCGUCGUGGCCUCCCCUGGCGACCUCAACCUGGACGGCUUCUUGGACCUGGUGGUGGGCGCGCCGUACGAGGGGGGCGGGGCGGUGUACGUGUUCCUGGGGGGCGCUGGGGGUCUCCGCCGUCAGUACUCCCAGAGGAUCGGGGCGGAGGACGUCCCCCAGCGGGGAGGGAGGCCCCUCGCAGGCUUCGGCAUCUCCAUCUCCAGGGGCGCCGACGUCGACAAGAACCUUUAUCCUGGUGGGGGGCUGGCUUUGUUAGCGGGGGUCUUCUUAUUUAGGUUUAGGCAUGCUUUUUAA